AACUGGGAUUAAACAGCAAAAUUAAUCUAAAUACCCCAAGAUGCAGUUGUUCUCUGUGAUUCUAGUGCUGAUCCUGGCCAGUUUGGCCCACUGCCGUCCUACAUUCGAUAAGAUCGCCGAGGCUUUUUUGGGCGCUCUGGAUGAUCAGCCAAAGUAUUAUCCACCGGGAGGAGGUUACCACCCACAUCCGCAUCCUGGACCAGGUCCACUUAUCCAAGAGGGCUACGAACAGGGCUACGAUUAUCACUAUGGAGGAGGCUACGGCUAUGGGGGCUACCAGCAGACACAUCCAGCUGGCUACGGAUACUAUCCACCACCUCGUCCGGCGCAACCAACCGCCUACUAUCCUCCACAGCAGCAUGGAUACUACGCAGGACCCACUGCCCCUCCUCCUUCACCUGGCUACUAUCCCCACAAGACGCAGGAUUAUUACGGAGGCGGUUACAAGCAGCGGGGUUACUAGCGUUCAUCUGUCAGAUACCCCGAUCUGAUCUCUCAU